CAGUCGCCUUUCCCCCCUGAACCGCUGCUGCUGGCUAGCUAGUCCAACAACACGCAGCCACGGAACCUCGUUACGCUGGAACGAUACGAACGUGGUGGAAGUUCUCGCAACGGAACUUUAGUGCAGCUGCGGCGAGCAGCUGACGCGUUCGAGUCGCGUCGGUAGUCGGUGGUCGAGCUUGCCCCGCGAGAACGUAACCCGGUAACCGCAGCUUCGAUUCUUCGAACGGUGAUUUUCCGCGUACCGCGCGUGUGCGCGUGUGUAUGUGCGCGGCAUUUAUCGGCGAGAGUGUGCAGCGUAAAGGGAAGGAGAGAGCGAGCGCAACGUUUCGAACGCAAACUAUCGAGCUUUCCCGCUCGUCAAAUGAACCGAGUCUCGAUUCAUCGACGGAUGCGUAGCCUCGUCGACGCUUUGGCGCCGAGUAUAUCACGGAUGCGUGGCGAUAUCUCGACUCCGUAAACCAUCGUGAUCGGCGACGAGGGCGAAGACGCAAACUAAGCCGAUGUUAUCGAUGGCGAGGAUAAGGAUGAGACGAUUAUCCUCGAAACCGUUGAUCCUAGUUCUGGCCCUGGCUUUAAUCUCGUCGAUCCGUCAUUGCCACGGAAUCUCGGAAAGUAUAAUAGGAAGCCGAGAAACGUGCGAUGUCGAGGGAGAAGAUUUUACCGUGGACAAGAUCCCGAACACCAGAUGUUUCAACUGUUUGUGCAAGAACGGUUUCGUCGAGUGCAGGAAACAGCAAUGCCCCAGCAUCGAAGGUUGUUACACGUUGCUGGAGCCACGGGAGGACGAGUGUUGUCACAGGUGUAAAGGUUGCACGCGAAACGGAGUUCAUCAUGGAUCCGAGACCGAGUGGACCGAGGGAAACGAUCCGUGUAGAAUCUUCGCUUGCAAAGCUGGAGUGAUCACCGAGUCUCGAUUGCACUGCUACACGCCUUGCUCGGAUCCAAUUCCUCCUCCGCCCGGCCAAUGUUGCCCCGUAUGCGCUGGAUGCCACGUGAACGGACAAAUGGUGACGGCGGAUCGAUCGGUGACCACGACCGAGGAUCCAUGCGUCACUUGCAGAUGCAACGGUGCCCGGCUGACCUGCGCCAAGCAAGCUUGCCCCGUCCUUCAUUGCCUCGGUUCUCGAAUAGUCCACGAUCCCGGCGAGUGUUGUCCACGUUGCAAAGGUAGCGGGAGAUACUUGUCGCCGCCGAAAGGCGCGUGCACACUUGGGACCAGCGUCUACAAUUCCGGCAACCAAUUCUAUCUGGACCAAUGCACCCGUUGCACCUGCUCCAAUUCGACCGUGUCCUGCGUACGAGAGACUUGCCCCGUCCACGAUUGCCCGGCCGAGCAUCAGAUCGCCUUACCGGGCCGUUGUUGUCCCCAGUGUCCCGAGGUCGAGGAAGUUCGACCGUCUUGCACUUACGCAGGCAAAACUUACGGGGAUGGCGAAAGUUGGAAGCUUGACUCGUGCAAGGCAUGCGCUUGCAUGCAAGGUAAAGUACGAUGCGCGAUGCCCAUGUGUCCGCCGUUGAAUGUACCUUGCCCUCCGAAUUCGAGGUUAGAACAUCCGGAGGGUCAGUGCUGCCCCCAUUGCGUGGAAAGUGACGGUGUGUGCACCGUUUUCGGUGAUCCCCAUUACCGCACGUUCGACGGGAAAUUUUACAGCUUCAAGGGAGCUUGCAAAUAUCAAUUGGCAAGCGAUUGCACCGGGCACACGUUCAGCAUUCGGGUUACCAACGAUGCAAGAUCGACCAGAUUCUCCGCUUGGACGAAGACGAUCGCCAUCAAGGUGGGUGACUCGAAGGUGAAUCUCGGACAGAAGAUGCGAGUGAAGGUGAACGGUAAGAAGGUGGAUCUACCUUAUCGCGUGGUUAACAGGUUGGACGUGAAUAGAACGUUGGACGGUAUAAUCGUGAGCACGCAUAUCGGAAUCAAGGUUCUCUGGGAUGGGAUCAGCUUUCUCGAAGUGUCCGCCCCGACUUCGUAUCGGGGACGCUUGUGCGGUCUCUGCGGGAACUUCAAUUCCCUUCCAAAGGACGACUUUACCAACCGAAGGGGCAAAUUGUUGCAAGAUCCGCAACCGUUCGGUCAAUCGUGGCUGGUUGGGGCCAAGAAAAGUUGCGUCAGGCCAAAGUCUGUGGCGAACGUGGAUCGCGCCAGACGUUGCAGGGGUAGGAAGGAUCACCGGUUGUGCAACAGGUUGAGGUCGCAGAUCUUCGACGCCUGCCACAAGAAGGUGAAUCCGACCAUGUACUACAAGGCUUGUCUACAGGACAUGUGCGAAUGCCCGACCGAAAACUGCUACUGCGAAUCGUUCACCGCGUACGUCCACGAGUGCAAGAGGCUCGGCAUUCAACUGCCCCACUGGAGGAAAUCGACAAGAUGUCGGACCGGUUGGGACCAGUUCUCGGGAUCCGGCGCGUCCCUUGGUCUAGGUUUCCCUUGAUCGCGUACUUCGAGUAAUCAGGAAAAAAGAGGAAGGAGGGACAGAUAGAUAGAUAGAUAGAUAAAUAGAGAGAGAGAGAGAGAGAGGGAGAAAGAAAAAAAGAGUGUUUUCACCCAUCUUGACGGAUGCGAGGAAGAAGCGAAUAGGCGAGCGAAUCGAAAUUCUUAGCUAGUCACCGUUCGUAACGCUCGCGCCAACGCCCUGUCCCACGUCCGACGAUCAGCCUCCUCCGAUUGUCUAUCCCUUCCUUCCUCUUCUUAUCGCGAACCUUUUCGAGCUCGGAUCAUUCCGAAUCACCUUGCAGUAUUUCGGCCGAUGAGCAGGCUCGCGGCAUACCGUCUACGUCCCGAACAUAUGCGCGCUUGACCGCGCGCCUAUAUUCCUAGAUUUAAAACCCAUCAACUUUCCUUAACCCAUCUUCUCACCUCUUUCUACCUACCAUGUCCGCUUCGCUAUUCUAUAUCUGCGUGUGUAUAUAUAUAUAUAUAUAUAUAUAUAUAAAAUAUAUAUAUAAAAUAACGUCCAUCAUCGGAAGACCGUGCAAUCGGAAUCUUGAUCUCAGAUCGAUCAGACGUCGUCGAUUGUACAUAGAUAGAUACCCAGGACCAGAGACUCGUCGAACAGCGAGUUAAUUUAUCGCGCGACGUCUUUUCACUCCGAUCUAUAUCCCUCUUCGCAUUUUUAUUCGUAUCUUUCCAAAAACCCUGUUCCGUGUCCCUGUUUUCAACCACCUUUUUUCCCAUUUCCUAUAUCCACCUUUUUUCCUCGUCUUCUCUUUCUUAUCGGUAAAUAUGCAUACAACAUUAUGUGUUAAAAAUUGUACAUAGCCCGAGUAUAAACACGCGAUACGUAUACGCGACUGUACGUUCGCAAAAGUCGCAAAUAUACCGGAGAUAGUCCAAAGCCUUAGCCAAUUUGUAUCGAGUAUAGCAUAGAGAUAUUUUGGCACGCAUCGAAUACGAACGAAAUAAAUGAAUUAUAUUCGUAAAA